AUGUUCGCAAUAAGAAGGUCACUCACAAUAGCCAGCACAUCAAACCUGUUGCCAGCGAUAAAUAGAUUAAAGAAACCAACCCAAGUAUCGCUCCUAACCAUAAAUCCCGCACGCAGCUUGUCGGACUCGAAACGGGAUCGCUUGGUGCAUUUUGUGUGUGGCGACCAAACAUAUACUGGCAAGGCCAAGGUUGGUGAUUCGCUCUUGGAUGUCAUGGUGGACAAUGAUCUGCCACUGGACGGAUUUGGAGCGUGUGAAGGCACCGUCGCAUGCUGUACGUGCCAUGUCAUCCUCAGCGACGAGCAUUUUAAAAGACAAGACCAGACAAAUCCGGUGAGCGAAGAAGAGCUGGACAUGCUUGACCUAUCCCCCGACCUCACCGAUAACUCGCGUCUCGGCUGUCAAGUGAGGGUGGAAAAAGAAGAUGGCCCCGAGAUUACCGUGACCGUGCCGACCAAUCGACGUGAUGCCCGACAGCUA